CUUUAUUAAUGAAUUGCAGUGUUAGAUAUGUAUUCAUACAUAUUUUUGAUAUUAUUUAACAGCUCAUUGAAAAUAAUUCCUUGUCAGAAAACAUUGAUAAGAGGAAGUCAUUUUAUGCAAACUGCUUAGAGGGUUUAAAAUUUUUUAUGCCGUAUAUAAAUACUGUUGAAAUAAAUAAAUGACAUAUGUGGAAAGCUGUGCAUCUAAAGGAUGAAUUUUAUUUUCAUAAUGAUUUCCAGGUUUCAGUGCAUGCUGAGGUACAUUUGGAUAAGAUUUAAAUUAUCAAAGCAACUUGUAGAUCAUAGCACAUUAUUAGUAUGCAGCUGUUGAUUGCUACAAAAAGGACAAGUGAAAAUUAUGUUUGGAGAGAAAAGUAUUUUCAGAUAGCAUGAAUAUGGAAUUUGAAGUAUCUAGGGGGCUGUUGGAUAAGCCAAUUUUAGACCUUAGACUUCUUCUUGGGUCUUGUUCGCUUUCUAGAUCAUUUUUAGCCUACUUGGGGAGGGUGCACUGUGUAUGUAGGAUAAGUAAAAACAUGUAAAUAUGGAAUAUUAUAUCCGUUCAGUGUCAUAGUUUAGAGUUUUGAGAAAAAGACAUACUGGGAUCUAGUGGGGGUCUCAAGGGUAAGAACACUUUUAAAUGUUGUAAACUGACAAAUGAUAUAUUGACUUGUGUGGUAAUAGUGUGUGUGCGGGGGAUUGAAAUGCUACCAGAACAUGUUGCUAUCCCCAGAAUGAUUGCCUCAUGAUGGUGUUCCUUUCUUAAACUUGAAAGCUGGAGCCAUAGUGCAAUAUACUGCUUAUGAAAGUGGAUGUUAGUAAAGACUAGUACAGUAGUUCUGCAAAUUGACACUGCAUUGAUACAAUGCCCUGUGUUGUGUUUGCCAAUCUUAUAUCUUUGUCAAAUGUGUAAUGUGUUUGUCUGAUUCAGUCUUUCAUCACACAAAAUCCAGUUGAAUAAGUCUUUCUCUUACGUCACUGGCCUGUGAGUUUUGAACACACAUGGUAAUACAAUGGCCUGAAUCUAUACAUAGUAGACAAUCAAUAGGGCUCUUGAAAAACAUUUCAUUGGAAUGCUGAUGUUAAUAAAUAAAAUGGGUUAGAUGCAAUAAUAAAGUCACAAAAUUUCAUCAAAAGUUUUGUAUUAAUUUAAAAAAUAUUAACUUUAAAUUCGGUAAUGUACUUGAAAUAAGCGUAUUUCACUGGAACUUCUUAUGUGUACUUUGGUGCAUAUCUUGAAAUUAAAUCUUAAAUUGGCAUUCUUUGUGUGUUAAUCAUCAGUUUAAAGCAGGCACCCCCAAACUGCGGCCCUCCAGAUGUUUUGGCCUACAACUCCCAUGAUCCCUAGCUAACAGGACCAGUGGUCAGGGAUGAUGGGAAUUGUAGUCAAAACAUCUGGAGGGCCGAAGUUUGGGGAUGCCUGGUUUAAAGCAAGGAUUGGGAAUUGGGUGACUUCCAGAUGUUGCUGCACUAUAACUCACAUAAUUUCCACCCAGCACCAGCAAUGAUGGGAGUUAUAGUCCAACUAUCUGGCAGUCACCAGGGUCCUCUUCCCUUAUUUAAAGCAGUGAAAUACUUUUGGGGGGUUGGAAAAGGCAGUUGUAACUUGACAUUGCUCACCUGGAUUGGGUUAGACCAGAAGUUGUUUUCACGGCCAUGCUAAGUGACUAUACAUCUAAAGCAGGGUUUCCCAAAUUUGGGUCUCCAGUUGUUGUUGGACUACAAUUCCCAUCACCCCUAGCUGGCAGGAACAGUGGUCAGGGAUGAUUGAAAUCCAAAAGCAGCUGGAUACCCAAGUUUGGGAAGUCCUGAUCUAAAGAUAUUCUUAAUGGCAAUAAUUAGCUUGACAGCCUUUCCUAUUACAGUAGCAAGUAGUGUAGCAUUGAAGUAGUUUCAGCAUUCCAAAUAAGAAAGGAAACUAAAAACUGACUUUAGCUAAUUCAGUACGACUCUUAUAAACCCACCUUACUUGCCAGGGACUGAACCUGUGUUCUUCCAGAUGUUGCUGGACUACAACUGGAGAUCACCUGGAGAAGGCUUGGCUACAUGUUACUCUGGGGUUAUCCAAACACUAGUUACUGACAACCCUUACAAAUGUUCAGUCAGCCAAGAUUCUGCUAAUUGAAGGCACUCCACACACCCAGUCAGUCCAAAUGAUGUCCUUUUGGCUCUACUCUUUGCACCCUUUGUACCCAUGUGUGCAGAUACAUCUGCGUCCUGAGAACACUUCAUGGCAUGCAUCUGACAAAGUCGGCUCUGAUCCAUGAAACCUUAUGCUACCACAAAUGUUUGUCUUGAAGGUGCCAGAAGAAUCAUUAAAUGUUCACAGGAGUCAUCUAAAACACUUGAGCAAUGCAGCAAGUUUUGGACAACCUUACGGACUUGCCUCCAUCAGCAGGAGCUGAAGAAAUAGACCUUAUUUUCUUGAAAGGAAUUAUGGAGAAUCCUAUUGUAAGAUCUCUUGCUAAGGCUCAUGAACGACUGGAAGAUUCUAAGCUUGAAGCUGUAAGUGACAACAAUCUGGAAUUGGUAAAUGAGAUUCUUGAAGACAUCAGUCCAUUAAUAAACAAAGAUGAAAACAUUGCAGAGUUGGUUGGUAUACUGAAGGAGCCACACUUUUUGUCACUCUUGGAAGCCCAUGAUAUUGUGGCAUCAAAGUGUUAUGAAUCUCCUCCCUCUAGCCCAGAAAUCAAUAAUUCUUCAGUGAACAAUCAGAUAGUGCCCGUGGAUGCCAUCCGUAUACUUGGCAUUCACAAAAGAGCAGGGGAGCCACUGGGUGUGACAUUUAGGGUGGAGAAUAACGAUCUGGUAAUUGCAAGAAUCCUUCAUGGAGGAAUGAUAGAUCGACAAGGUCUUCUACAUGUGGGCGAUAUUAUUAAGGAGGUUAAUGGUCAUGAAGUUGGAAACAAUCCAAAAGAGUUGCAAGAACUUCUGAAGAGUAUUAGUGGGAGUGUCACUCUAAAGAUCCUUCCUAGCUACAGAGAUAAUAUUAUUCCCCAACAGGUAUUUGUUAAGUGUCACUUUGAUUAUAAUCCAUAUAACGACAACCUGAUUCCAUGCAAAGAAGCAGGGCUCAAGUUUUCUAAAGGAGAAAUUCUUCAAAUUGUGAAUCGUGAAGACCCAAACUGGUGGCAGGCUAGUCAUGUCAAAGAAGGAGGAAGUGCAGGACUUAUUCCUAGCCAGUUCUUGGAAGAAAAGAGGAAAGCAUUUGUUCGACGGGAUUGGGACAAUUCAGGUCCUUUUUGUGGAACAAUAAGUAGUAAAAAGAAGAAAAAGAUGAUGUAUCUCACAACUAGAAAUGCAGAAUUUGACCGCCAUGAAAUUCAGAUAUAUGAGGAAGUAGCCAAAAUGCCUCCGUUUCAAAGAAAGACAUUGGUGUUAAUAGGAGCCCAGGGAGUGGGCCGAAGAAGUUUGAAAAACAGGUUUAUUGUACUAAAUCCCACAAAGUUUGGAACCACAGUGCCAUUUACAUCACGAAAGCCAAGGGACGAUGAAAAAGAUGGUCAAGCCUACAGGUUUGUGUCCCGAGUUGAAAUGGAGGCAGAUGUUAAAGCUGGAAGAUACUUGGAACAUGGAGAAUAUGAAGGAAACCUUUAUGGCACCAAAAUAGAUUCUAUCCUUGAAGUGGUUCAGACUGGAAGGACAUGCAUCUUGGAUGUAAAUCCACAGGCGCUUAAAAUAUUGCGGACUUCAGAGUUUAUGCCCUACGUAGUGUUCAUUGCUGCUCCAGAACUUGAGACAUUGCGUGCCAUGCACAAAGCCGUGGUAGAUGCAGGGAUUACAACCAAACUGCUUACAGACACUGAUUUGAAGAAAACAGUUGAUGAGAGUGCACGGAUCCAGAGAGCUUACAGCCACUAUUUUGAUCUGAUCAUUGUGAAUGACAAUCUAGACAAAGCCUUUGAAAAGUUGCAAACCGCUACAGAGAAGCUGAGGACGGAACCACAGUGGGUUCCAAUUAGCUGGGUAUACUGACAGUUCUUUUUGAAGACUGGUGUAAGCACCUAACUGGGGUUUCUGCACAUCAUAAACAUUAUACCGAUAACAUAUUGUACAGAGGUGCCAGUCACUAACAGCACCUGAUGCAUUUGUAAUCUGUGUAUAUUUAGAUAAUGGUAUGCUAUUCCAAGUUUUUAUACAAUAUAUUGAAGGGAAAGUGUACUUAAUAUGUAAUUUAUUUUAAUUUUUCUAACUUUUUACAAAUCUUUCUAUUCAUACCACAUGAAGGAAAUGCGUUGAAGCAUUUUUAUAAAUGUUUUGAUUUACUACUUUGCCUUUUACUCAUCUAAGGAACAUUCACUUCUACAUCUGGUCUUACAUUUUCACUGUGAUAAGGAGAAAAAUACUUGAAAAAAUAUUGUUGUUUUGUAAAACUCUGUUUAAAUCAAGUGUUUAUCUGGCUGGUUUUUUCUUAUUUAGAAGAAGACACUAAUCCUUAUCCUAAUAAACAUGUAUCUCUCCUUGACGUGAUCAGAAUUUUCAAUACUUAAGCAACCAGCACUGAGCCAUGUUACUGACACCUUUUUGCUUAAUGUUUAUAGACAUGUUUUGCAGUUGUCUUGUCUUAGGCAGAUGUACUGUAGACUUCCCUGUAUAUCUUUUUACCGAAAGUAAAAGCAAUACCUUGAACUUUCCCUAGGAGGCUGCUUUGGUGAGCCAACAUUUCUACCCAUUAGAAACAAGUAUUACUGUCUGAGUUAUGUAAUGUGAUUCAUUGUGUUUGGGAUCAUGGUGAAAUAGCCUAAGAGAGCCUUACAACACAGAACCUUACAGUGAGGCUCAGCAUGUAGGAUGUUUGUUCUCACUUGUGAAAAACCAUUGCUUUAAAAUAACAGAACCUGCUCCUUUACAAUGACUUUGCCCUGUAUUCCUAUAUUGUUCUGUGAUGCGCUUUUAUUUUACGCCAGAAUAUUAUGAGUGAUUAUGUGUGUUAUGAAAUAUGACGUGAUGGGUCCUUGUGUUAUUCACCAAAUAGCUUGUGAACCUAAAAUUAUUGUCAGUUCUUAAAAAUCAAUGUUAUUUAUAAGUGGGUUUAUUUAUGUUUUACAAUCAUGUUUCUUUUUCUUCCAGUGUUCAUAGUAACUUUUCCCUUUCAGCAAAAUUAAUCCAUCUACUAACUUAGGUUCAUAUUCACUUAAAUACUUUUGCUGAUGUAUAUUGUUUAAUGAAUAUAAAUGCAGAUUGUCACUUAGACAGACUAGUCUGGUGACCAUAGUUUAUAUUAUGCUUGUUGUUGUAAAUAUGCCCAUUCAUCACUAACAUGCUAGGUGCCUGAACUGGUUGUCAUCUGCCAUUUCAUUUAUUUUUUUUCCAUGUGAAGGCAGGCACUUGGCUUCAGAUUUUAUUUUCAACACCAAAGUUCCAUACAUAGGAUGCCAACAAAGGAGAAGCUUGGAAAAGGCUGAGACAGUGCAAACAAGUUCUUAAAAUGUUUUCUUUUAUUUUUGAUUGUGCACAAGAAAACAGGGUUUGGAUAGUUUUUACCUUAUACAGAGACACGAUGAGACACCAAAAAGGUAUUAUAUAUUUAAAAUCUUUAAGGUAUUUUUUUAAAUACUUCAGUAUAUUUUGUAAAUGUUAUGCAAAUUAUUGCAUACCUUUGUCUUAAUUGCUGUUGCUACUUAAGAUUUUAGCUUCUAACAAUAUAACAUAUUUUUUAAGAACUUCUAUUAUGUUAAAUCUCUAGGCUACGCAUUUGAAAAAUGUAUUCAGCUGAGACUGUGGAAAGAUUAUAUUCCUGUGUGGUGCCCAGAAUGACACUUUAAAAGAGUAUGUCUGCAGUUUUGAUGCUGUUGUAGGAUUAAAGGAUGAGGUACAAUGUGAUGAUUACUUUUGAUGGACAAAGCUGUGUUUAAAUGGAAGCUUGCAAGAGGUCAGUGAAUCCUAAUCUCAGAUGUUAACUCCUGCUCCUUUUGAAACAGAAUUUUAAAAAAUCCUUCCAGUAGCACCAUAGAGACCAACUAAGUUUGUCAUUGGUAUGUGAAUGCACAUGAAAGCUCAUACCAAUGACAAACUUAGUUGGUCUCUAAGGUGCUACUGGAAAGAAUUUUUUAAAUUUUGUUUCGACUACGGCAGACCAACACGGCUACCUACCUGUAAUAUCCUGCUCCUUUGUUUUCCAGUGCUUCAGUAGGUUUGGUGCAUCAUCUUUGGACCAGCUUGAACAAAGGUAGCCUGGGCUUGGGGCUCUUCUUGCUCAGAUUCCAAACGUGAACUAUUUUUGAGAGAGAGAAUCCUAAGACUUAAUAGCCGCAUAAUCUGCUCCCUAUCCUCUUAGCGUUCUGUUCUGCUUUUAGCACAGUGGAUGGGUAUGGCUCACUUUGGUUGGAAAGCAGGAAGAGCUACUAGCAAAUAGGUCAGAGUUUCAUGAAAAAUUAACAGGAAUUAGAUGUUGGUUAUAAGUCCCACAAGCUCUGAAAAUUGAUAGUGAUGCCCAGGGGCUGUAGACGAAAAGAAAAGUGAUAGGAAACACUAAUGUUUGUCUUAACUGCUGCCUCUAAAGUCAGGCACAUUGAGAGAGAGCUAGUGAGCUCUCUGGACAUGCAGUUUUUAUACUGCUACUGUGAAGAUUUUGGAAGAACUGGUUAAACUGUGUCAUUAGGAGCAGCAGUAGCCAAGCCAUGGGUUGAUCCUUUGAGUCCAACUGUGGUCUGGUGUGUGUUUGAAACAACAUGUGUCAUUGCCAUUCUCCAGCAGGAAACAGAUCUAGGAACAACUGUGUUUAACAUGAAAUCAUGCCUUUUCUCAAGAAGGCAGAAUAAACUGACUUUUUGAACUGUGAUGCCAAAGGAGGGUUGAGCUAGCUCCUCCCCAAUACUCAAAAAGUGAUUUUACUUUCCACACCACAGUGCCACUAAAUCAACUUUUGCUGUACUUGUACUUCGAAAUGCUGAGCUUGCAGCAUUUUCAAAUGUUGAGCCCGUGUAUUGUUAUCAUACGUUUGGAGGGGAGAGGCAGAUAAUAGCAGCCAAAAUUCCAGUCCUCCUUCUGAGGACAGUGCCAUGGCGAUGUGCUCUGUAUUGUACUUCUUUAAGAGAAGGGCCACAGCUCAUUGGUUGAGAAUCUGCUUUGCAUGCAAAUAUACCAGGUUCAGUCCCUGGCACCUCCAGGUAGUCCUGGAAAGACUUUUGUCUGAACUCUCAGAGAACUGUUGCCAGUGUAGCUACACUCCAAGGCAGAAGAGCCAUUUGCCUCUGCAGCUUCCAGUACAUAAUGAUCCCAAACGAUACUGGAAAGAGCACUUGCUACAUUAUGUGCUUUUAGGGGCUCAAGUUGGGUUUUUAAAAUAUUGUUUCCCUCCCUUCUAAAGUGAGAAGAAUGCAGGCAACUUCACGUGUAUAUUCCAUUACCUGAGAGUAAGCACCAAUGAACUCAACUGAUACUAAUUACCCAAUGAAGCCAUUUGUCAAUUCUGCCAAAACACAAUUGCUUGCUGUCAAUGAGGCAUGCCACUUUUUGACUCAUUUACUGAACUGCACAUGUUCAGCUGUGGGCCACCUAUACAAUAAAAAUAGCAUUGGUUUAUCUGACUGCCUCUAUUGGACAUAGUCUAAAGUCACACGGAGCAGCAGGAAUUAGAAAGAUGGGUGGAUAUGUCCUAUAGUAGAUAAGUCUGGUAGAAAACAACUGGAACACCUUUAUGUGCUCAGUGUCUCUUGAGUUAGCUUUUUAUUGAGGGAUAAAAAUCUGGCAAUCUUCUAAAAGUGAACUGUAGAUCUUAAGCCAACUUAUAUGUUUUUUUAAAGAAAUUUUUUAUUUUGAAUUCCUUGGGUACUAUGCAGUUCAUUGAGCGAUACAGAGUUUGAUACUUGUACAUAAGCUUAGAAAGAAUACUGGAAUUUUGUUUGCAGUUUUUUCACUUGAAAAAUUCACACCAAAAUGUUGAGGAUUGCAGACAAUAUGGAUGAGGCUGAUUCAGAUCUACUCAAAGUUAAGUUUAGCUUAUAUACAGCUUAUUUGUAUGUAUCCGGUUACUUGAUCUUUUGAACAACAGAGCUGCUAUAGUGUUAAAAUAUUCUCAUCGAGUAAAGGGUGGAUGUAGAGCCAGGACAUGGCAAAGGCACGGGAAAUUGAGACUAGGGGUUCUUGGGUCAACAAGUGUUUCCCUUUUUUACUUCACACCAUGCAGUUAUGCCUUAGAGGUACAUGUAUCUCUUUGUCAUCCAUGCAGGACCUGUGAACUUACUGGGUGUGUAUGCCAAAAACACAGAUCCAUUUGCUUAAAAGUGUGAGGCCCUGUUUGCCUUGUGCUAACAACUUUGCUACAGUUGUAAUGAACUCUCUUUUUAGAUAAUCUAUGAAUAAACAAGCCAUUUAACCUUGGAGAAAACUACAGGAAGGUUGCUAAAUCUUGCUUUAGGGGUCACAUAUUUCCAAACAUGAGUUUUUCCUGGGAACUUUUUUUU